ACAGCAAGAAGAUUUUGAUAUACCGUACACGAAAAUGAGGCUUCUAAGCAUCUGUUGUUUGCUAGUCCUGGCAUUUUUCCAUUAUUCUGAGGCCAUAAAGGAGUGCAAGUGCAGGCCACAGCAUCCACAAGAGGCAUUUUGUGAUGACAAAACUUUCGUUAUCAAAGCAAAGAUAUUAAGCAGAAAGAAGGUAUCUGGUGGACCUGGUUCUGGACGUCGUGUUUAUAAAGUCAAAGUCUUAAAAGAUUACAAGAACACCUUUGAUCCUAUUCAAGGAAAAGAAAAGAUUUACACAAGCUCGUCACAUGAACCCUGUGGUGUAUAUUUCAGAAGGAAGGCCACAUACAUUAUAAGUGGAUACAAAUCUGGUGCGGAUGGAAAGUUGACAACAAGCGCUUGUUCUUGGAGCCAGAAGAUCUGUACCGUCACAUCCUUCCAAAAGUUUGCUCUCAAGACUGGCCUGUACAAAAAGAAUUGCCAGUGCAAGAUUUUGGAUUGUACGGACGGAAAUUGUAAUCCACCAACAGGAGAGAACUGUGUUAUUAAAUCAAACAGAAACUGCUACCUGAAAAAGAACGCAUGCGUCCAAAAAUCUACCUACGGUGCCCUGCAGUGUGGUUGGAAAUCAAAUACAUGUGAUCCGAAACCUGACCAUGAAGUCAACAAGGAGGUCGUUUAUGAACCCGUCGACACUGAAGUUCCGGAACAUGUAUACACUUCCGGGGAACAUGUGGUACACAAACUCUUUAAUUCGCUAGCAGAACCAGAGCACUUUAAAGGACCGGAAGACAAACACAUUGUCAUAGAGCCUUACACAAAGGACGUGUAUGAAAAUAUUGACCAUGUUCGACAAAAAGUCGUUGGCUUCUAGAUGCUGUCGUUUUAGAAAGUAAAAAUUUUCAGUAAUAUAUAAAAUGAUAUUGUAUUGAAAUGAUCAAAAUUUGGACAUGUUAAACAUCUUUUAGAUAAAAUUGAUGCUAAGUUAGUAGGCCUAAACUUUUGUAGAUUUUUGCCUUACAAUAUCAUUUCUAUAUCGCUAGAUAUGAUAAGGACCAAAACAUCAAAUGUAUUUAAAAGUAAAAAUUUUAAUCAAAUAGUUAUAUUAAGAAACAUCUUUUCCAUUGUUUUCGGUCGUAUUUUUUUCUCAGAAAUUCUGUAAUCAGUAGGUUAACCCGAAGCAAGGUAUUAGUUUCUUUUAGACAAAUUGUUGACAGUGCCUGUUCGUUGUUUAAUUGUCUUUGUGGCUUAGAUUUUCUUGUGUUUUCUGUACUAAUCUAGAAUGUCUGAUGCAAGUAUUGUGAUAUACGUAUAGAAUGUAACCAAAGAUAUUGCAUGGAUUUCUGUAACUUAUAAACAUUUCGUUUUUAAAUAAAGAACUCUUUUUGUA